UUGCAGUAAAAAACUGUACAAGAUUAGUUUUAAAGGAGAAGGAUAGAUGUCUCUAUAAGUUUAUGCAAUUUAUUUCCUAUUUUACACAGUAUUGUUUAAUUGUUAAUCGGAUCAGUUUUUAAGUGAUUAACUGAUUUUGUCUGCAGUUUAACGUUAUCAAAAUCAAACCUAUCAGUCGUGGUCUUACUCUUGAUUUUGAGUAAAUUUAAUUCUUGACUGUGGACUAAUUUUACCUUAACUAAUUCUCACACUGUUUGUUAGCUGAAAGUAUUAUCAUAAUUUUAUUAAAAUGGAUGUGAUGUAUAAAGUGAAACCAAUCUUUGGUGAAGAAGAUAUCGUGUUGCCAGAUAAUAUGUAUUAUGUUAAACCGAUUGCCGAUUUUGGUUCUUCUAACUCUGGCUUUUUAUGUGAUUCUAUCUCGACUCAGGUACCUGAACCAAAAUCAACAAACCAGUCAAAUAAGAAAGCUGGAAAUUCUAAAGAAACCAUGAACAAAGAGAACAAAAAAAGUGAUGAAAAUAUGGAUACAUCAGCGAAGACACCUGGAAAUAAAUCGGAGGUUAAAGAUAAAAAGCAAGGUGAAAAAUCAAAGAAGGGCAAGAAAAGGCUGAACAGUGAAAAUCAAUCUAAUCCUGAUCAGUCUACAUCAAAAGAAACUUCUGAUGGAAAUACCGGUAAUCAAGGUGAUAAAAAUGAAGGAGGCAAAGAGGGUGAAACGCGACCGAUUAUUCCAACUCUGGACACCUAUCUUGGGAACAUUAUUGGAGAUGUUGUCGUUCAAGAUUUUUCAAUCCAAGUAGACUUUGAUUACAAACCAUUACGAGUUUUAAAAGUUAUUAAUCAUUUGCGAAAAAAUUUUGGCUUAAGGAUAGCUGUUAAAGUAUACAUCAGUUCUACUGUUUUGGUUGAAUCAGAGACGAAUGUUGACGAAUGGAGAAUGUUUGAAACUUUUGAAUCGACUAUUUUACCUCGUCAGGAUAACCAGCUAUUUGUUACAUUGAUCGUUAGGAGAUUUACACCAGAAGAAGCUUGGCUUAAUAAACAACCAUUCAUGAUUUUCGAUCCUUCUCUUGGCACAGCUGUUUAUGGUGAAGUUAAUAUUGCCCGGCAUAUCACACGUGCAGCUCAAGUGUUUUGUCCACCUAUUUGUUCAAUUUAUCCAGAGAACGAUCCUGAUCAGGCUGCAACUGUAAAAGAUAUCGAUGAUACUUUGAACGAGAUACAAAAAUUUCUCUUCACCCGAAGCCUUCAAGAUAAACAAGCAAGACCCCAGAUACCUGAGAUCAAAGACAGAAGGCUCAAAGACAAUAACGAUUUAGACGUGAAAUUUACUCUGGAUUACAUUCUUUUGCUUUCACUCAAAUUAUAGCCAAUUGCAACUCAUACUUCUAACAGAAUUAUAUUAAACGACUGUCAUUAUUUAUAUGAAUAAUUGGAAACAUGAAAAUUUCAGUCAAUAAAAAGCUCGAUGAUAGUUAACUCUCAAUAAUCACUCAUUUUAUUCAGGCUUUCACAAACUGGAAUAAAAUUCACAAUGUAAAGCAUGUUUAGAAGCAAGCAUUAAAGAAACGUUGAUUCGUGUAAA